AGCUGAUAGCUUUUCUUCUCUCUGUUCACUACAGGCUGCCAAGAAAGAAAGAUGUUGGGCAGAGAACUGGUGCAGUGCUGGAUUGGAAGCUGGAACUGGUGCUCAUAUGGGAUGCUGCAUUGCAGGUGGACAAUGGCUGUGGCUCAUGACUUGGAGCUGGAGAGUGUCAAUCUGAAUAUGGACAGAGUGGGGAAAGAAGAGCAGGAAGAGGAGAGAAUGAGAGAGGAUGGAGCGGAUACAGCCCCCCGCAAGGCUAGGAAGGUGCACAGGAUCGUCUCGAAGUGGAUGCUUCCGGAAAAGGUCCGGAGAAACUACUUGGAGAGAGCCAAUUGCCUCCCACCACCUUUGUUCAUCAUCUCCAUCAGCCUGGCUGAGCUGGCUGUGUUUAUUUACUAUGCUGUGUGGAAGCCUCAGAAACAGUGGAUCACCCUGGACACGGGCAUCCUGGAGAGUCCCUUCAUCUAUAGCCCCAACAAGAGGCAGGAAGCCUGGAGGUUCAUCUCAUACAUGCUGGUGCAUGCUGGCGUUCAGCACAUCGUGGGCAACCUCUUCAUGCAGCUCGUCCUGGGCAUUCCCCUGGAAAUGGUCCACAAAGGCCUCCGUGUGGGGCUGGUAUACCUGGCCGGUGUGCUUGCAGGAUCCUUGGCCAGCUCCAUCUUUGACCCACUCAAAUCUCUUGUGGGGGCUUCGGGAGGUGUCUACGCUCUCAUGGGAGGCUAUUUCAUGAAUGUUCUGGUGAAUUUUCGAGAAAUGAUCCCUGCCUUUGGAAUUAUCAGACUACUGAUCAUCAUUCUCAUAAUUGCAUCAGACAUGGGAUUUGCUCUCUACAGAAGGUUCUUUGUUCCUGAAAAUGGGUCUCCGGUGUCCUUCGCAGCUCACAUAGCAGGUGGCUUUGCUGGCAUGUCCAUAGGUUACACUGUGUUCAGCUGCUUCGAUCAGGCACUGCUGAAAGAUCCAAGGUUUUGGAUAGCGAUUGCUGCUUAUUUAGCGUGUGUCAUAUUUGCUGUAUUGUUCAACAUUUUCCUAUCUCCAGCAAACUGACCUACCUUUCACACAAAUCAAGUAAUAAAAGAGCCAUCUGGAUAGGGAGGAAGAUGGAAAACUCUUAAUGAAGAAACAGAAGUCCCAGCAAAUGCUAACAGUUUUGAAAGGAGGACUUACAAGGAUCUCUGGAUGGCAGGAGGGGGCUUCCGGAUGUGAAGGAAGAGGAAGAGAAGAACAGAAGGGCACAGACAGCCCGAGGCUGGGUCUCCUCCAGGCAUCUGGUGUGCGUGUAGUCUGCAAAGGAGAACGUGCUGUCCUGGCAGGUCUGUUUUGCAGGUGGCUGGACGGCAUCCGUGAAUAAUGCACUAUGCUGGCAAUAAACAUUUCCCAUAUUUG